AUGGGGAAUUCCAAGGGUAAAUUGCGGCAUGAUGCCGACGAUGGUCAACUUUUUGAGGGCUCUUGGACGAUCCCAUCAGCCCCGGCGACACGAGUGCGAGUCGUUGCCGAGAAUUCGUCCGAGAUCCGGCCCAUCGCCCCUCCCACGGAAAUCGAAGAGGACACGAGGAGACCGACGAGUCCGCCAUUGAGAAGUUACAAGAUGGAGGAGCACGAGAACCCGUUCAAACCCCAGGAGCAAUUAUACCAUGAGGUCGACCCGAUCGUCGAGCAAUAUUUGCAUAAACCAUUUCCGCCAUCGCAUCCCGGAUCGGCGAACACGACACCGGUCAAACAGCCCUACUCCAGUCCUCCCGAGGUGGUGAAGCCGCGGUUGCAAGAGACCGCGGCCCCGGCGCCUCCACCGGAAAGAGAAUCACCGGCCUACUACCAGAACGGGCUCUCAAUAAAUGACAUCGGCUUCGAGCAGGAGAAGAAGCAACGUGAAUCCCAGCCUCUCGUCGACCAGGGACGGCCCGAUCACUACAGUCACAAAAAUCCGAACGGCAACGAGGAGCUGCCGCCGGCAAACACCGUCGAAAUGGUGCACAUCAAAAAGAAGAAAUGCGGCUGCUGCUCACUUCAA